AUGGUUUUGGACAUGGAUUUGUUCCGCGAGGAGAAGGGUGGAAACCCUGAACUCAUUCGUGAAUCGCAACGAAAACGUUUCAAGGAUGUGACAUUGGUUGAUCAAGUUAUUGAAUGGGAUCAAGUUUGGAGAAAAGAACGGUUCUUUGCUGAUCAACUCAAUCGACAAAAGAAUGUUUUCAGUAAGGCUAUCGGAGAGAAAAUGAAGGUAUUUUUUAGUUUCAGCUGUCUGAAUUCAUAAAAAUACAAUUCUAUUUUUUUUUUAGAAAAAAGAGGCUCAAGGUACCGACGAUAGUGUUGAGGACGAAAUUGUCAACCGACUCGCUGAACUCAAACUCGAUGAAUUGAGCGCACUCACAGUAGUUCAACUCAAGAAACUCCGUGUUUUGGUCGACGAGAAAAUCGUAGAAUCAAAGGCUGCUAUGGAUGCCGCUGAAGUUGCCAGACAAGAAAAAUUAGUUCAAAUCGGAAAUCUUAUUCAUGAUUCGGUUGUUGUUUCGGAUAACGAAGAUAACAACAAAGUUGAGAGAACUUUCGGAGAUAUCACAAGCAAGAAAAAAUAUUCGCAUGUUGAUUUAGUUGUAAUGGUUGAUGGUUUCGAUGGAGAACGUGGAACUGUUGUAGCUGGAAAUCGUGGAUAUUUCUUGAAAGGACCAUUAGUAUUCCUUGAACAAGCUAUUAUUCAAUUGGCAUUGCAAAGAUUGAAUAGAAAAGGAUAUACUCCAUUGUAUACACCAUUUUUCAUGAGAAAAGAGGUUAUGCAAGAAGUUGCUCAACUCAGUCAAUUCGAUGAUGAACUCUAUAAAGUUUCUGGAAAAGGAUCGGAAAUCGCUGGAGAUCAAACAAUUGAUGAGAAAUAUUUGAUUGCCACUUCUGAACAACCAAUUGCUGCUUAUCAUAGAAAUGAAUGGAUUAAAGAGAGCGAUUUGCCAUUGAAAUAUGCCGGAGUUUCGACUUGUUUCAGACAAGAAGUUGGAAGUCACGGAAGAGAUACUCGAGGAAUCUUCAGAGUUCAUCAAUUCGAAAAAAUUGAACAAUUUGUUUUGUGUAAUCCAAAUGACAAUGAAUCAUGGACACUUUUCGAUGAGAUGAUCGGAAAUGCUGAAUCCUAUUAUCAAGAACUCGAAAUUCCAUACCAUAUCGUUAAUAUUGUCUCGGCAGAAUUGAACAACGCCGCCGCCAAGAAAUUCGAUUUAGAAGCUUGGUUCCCAGGAAGCGCUGCUUUCAGAGAACUCGUUUCGUGCUCAAAUUGUUUGGAUUAUCAAGCAAGAAGAUUGCGAGUUCGAUAUGGACAAACUAAAAAAUUGGACGGUGAUGUUCAAUUUGUUCAUAUGUUGAAUGCUACAAUGUGUGCGACAACUCGAGUUAUUUGCGCAAUUUUGGAAAAUAAUCAAACUGAAACUGGAAUUAACGUACCAAAGGUGAGAAUAUGCUAGAAUUGAGUUGGGUCUAACUAAGAAAUGACAAAAGAAAGAGAAAGCUUUGAAAUUAAUAACUGAAGUUCACGCUGAAUAUUGGAAUCUAGAGAAAAAAAACGUGAAUUUGUUCAUUUUCGAAAUGAUUUUAAUUUUCCACGUCAUUCUCAAAUUUUCUAGGCCAUUCAACAAUGGAUGCCAGAAAACUACCGUACUCACAUUCCAUUUGUCAAACCUGCUCCAAUCGACGAAGAACAAAAGAAGAAAGCUGGAAAAUGA